UGCACAUUGCACAUUGCACAUUGCACGUUGCACGGCAACUAAAGCGUGGAACAGCUUUCUUCUGAGUGGCCGCCAACAGCGCCCGGAUUGGACCUGCCUUUGCAACAAUGGAGCAGAGGUAGUCUAUGGCGCGAACUGCUGAGGCCUUCUCAUGCUGAAAAUACAUAGAGUACAGUCUGUACGCAGAGAGAGAGCAGGUUUUGCUGAGUGAUGACAGUGGCUGACAAGGUCUUUAUUAUUCCUCCAUAUCGCUUCAUUACUAUGAGCGGGGUCCCUCCCGUUCGCGACUUGGAUUAUCACGUCUUAUCUUUAGGGCGUUAGCAACAACCAUUAUUAUUGAGACUCGGGGAAUUAGCCAAUGCACGUGUGUGGCAGAGAAGCAUCGUCGGCCAGCAUCCACUUUUUGCACCGCUGACAUUGUUGCAUUCCGUGGAUUUGAAUCACAAACUGCCCAUUCCUCAGCUCUUUUCCGGCAUGCAUCGUUGACAGGUAUUAUCGCCGCAGAAGCACGCCCCUCACUUCUGCGCGUCAACCCACGCUCUCGGGGUCUUCUGAGAUCAAGCAUCACCCCGGCAACAAGCAUUCCUGGUCCACUCCCUCAGUCAGCUGUAAUCGGCAUAAAAGGAGAUACGCCACCACCUCCUUUUAUUUUAUUUUUUUAUUUAUUUUAUUUAUUUUAUUUUACAUAUAUAUAUAUAUAUAUUUAUGUUUUUUUUCAAUUCCUUUCUGUUUCUCUUUUUAUGUGCUGUGCUUCUCCAGCUGUCCAUUCGUUUUAUGAAUUGCAGUGCCUGCAUUCUUCUUUAAACCAUGAAGUUUUCGUGGGUCGCCGGUGUUGCGCUGUUCUCGUCUGCGGGUCUAGCGCAGACAUACCAGCGCCUGGGAGGAUGCCCUGAGUUGGGUUGUGUUUUCCCACCAGACCAGGCGGAUUUCCUGGCUGGACAAUAUUUUGACAUCCGUGUCGAAGUCCAUUCGCCUGUCAAUGGCUCUGAGGCCCGCGACGGAGAGCCGGAUCCCAACUUCACUUUCACUCUCAUGAAGAAGGGUCGUAACAGUAAACCAAAACCAGUUACCGAAUAUUUUGACGUAGAAGAACCCGAGCUUGAGAAAUGGGACUUCAGUUGGUAUGAAGACCUAUUUGCGCGAGAUGCGAAGAAACCCUCAUUGGUCAAGGUCUCAUCCAAGAUCUAUCGUCGCGUUGCGUUGUACCACCCAGGAGACUAUGAGGCUACCCUCACCUACUAUGAUGGCAAGACAACGACAGCUAGCUGGCACGUUCGAGACUUAGCCGCAGUUCGCAAGGCGAAGAACGUGAUUAUGUUCAUUGGUGAUGGCAUGACCACUAACAUGAUCACCGCUGCGCGUAUGAUUGCCCAUCGUUCCGUCAACGGCAAAUUCCAGACCACUAUGCAGAUGGACAAGUUCCCUGUUCUCGGUCAUCAAAUGACCCAUUCCUUGGACUCGAUGAUUACCGAUUCUGCCAACUCUGCCACUUCUCUUUACACUGGCCACAAAACGACUGUCAAUGCUCUAGGUGUCUACAGGGAUUCCUCUCCAUCAUCAUUUGAUGAUCCCAAAAUCGAGACCAUUGCCGAGAUCUUCCACAGGGUUUAUCCCCGUGCUGGUAUUGGGAUUGUUACCACUGCUCAAUUGUCCGACGCAACGCCAGCUGCAUUGCUUGCUCAUACGAAGGAUCGGCGUGAAUCCGGGCACGUGAUUGACUCAUACUUCCAGGGCUCGACUAAUUACACCUGGACUGAGUGGGAUGGACCGGACGUUCUUUUCGGCGGUGGUGCAGAGGACUUCCUUCCCGCAAGUGCGUAUCUAGGUCAAGAUUACUAUAAGCUCUUUGCGGAGAAGGGAUACAGCGUCAGCUGGAACAACACUGCAUUGGCUCAAGCCCCCAACACCGAAAGAGCGUUGGGUGUAUUCUCGAAGGGUGUCAUGGCUAAGUGGCUCGACCGAAAUAUCUACACAGACAACCUCAAGAGUCAGAAGAACCACCCAGAUGGUUCGGAGAAGGACGCAGAUGACCAACCCGGCCUCAAAGAAAUGACCCUCAAGGCCAUUGACAUCCUAACCACUCGCACGUGCAACGAUGGUUGGUUCCUCAUGUCUGAAGCCGCCAGCAUUGACAAGCAAAUGCAUUCUCUUGACUACGAUCGCGCUCUUGGAGAGCUGCUCGAGCUCGAUGACACUGUUCGUGCCACGGUCGAGAAACUACACCGUAUGAAGAAGCUCCAUCAGACUCUUAUCCUCGUAACAGCUGACCACGGCCACGGCUUCGACGUCAUGGGCACUGUUGACACGGAAUACCUCAACGCCCAAGAUACAGACCGAGCCAAGCGCGAUGCUGUCGGCAUCUAUGAGGCAUCAGGCCUGUCACAGUACACUGUGCAGACCGAGGGAUCAUUCCACUAUAACGGGGGUGCCCAUUUCCCUGCCCAAUGGGAUCCCCGUUACUCACUGUUCGCUGGAGUCAGCGCAAACCCGGAUAGAAGAGAAAACUACCAAGUCCACAAGGAUGGGCCACGAAGGCCUGCGGUGACAUUGGAAGACGGAUCCAAAGAUUAUUAUGUUAACUACAAGGAUGGAGUUUCUGGAUUUGUGAUUAACGGAACUCUGUCAGCUGCAGAGCCUCAGGGCGUGCACUCUUUGACCGAUGUGCCCGUUUUCGCCAUGGGCCCGUGCCAGAAAGAGUUUGGAGGUGUCUACAACAACAUCGACAUUUUCUUCAAGAUCGCCAAGUGUCUUGGCCUCAGCCGAUCAAAGGCAGAUAAGUGGAAGAAGAUACAUUAGGCGGAUUUUUUUCUUUUCUUUUAGAGUAGUGAAUGCGGAAGCAUCAGCGGGUAUUUGAAAAUAUACUGAGAGAACAACUUCAAAUGUUUCUGCUAUUCGAGAUCCGUCACUCAUCUGCGUAAAUUUACUGCUCAUCGCCAUUAUUGGACAGACAGCCCCCCUCCAUUUUAGUUUUCCGUCAUUGCUGUUUCUUUUUAUACCUCAUACCUUAACUUUAUUCUUGAUGUAUAUACAUUCUUCUUUCGCUUCUUCGGAUCCUACCUUUUAUCCCCAUUCAUAUCCGUAAAAUAGUAUCUCUUCUGAUGAAAAACGGUUGUUAAUGCCGUUUUGUUUUAUUUAUUUAUUUAUUUGUUUGCGGAACGACUUACGCUGGUAGGUAAGUUAGGUUACAGAUCCCCUAACGGCGGGAGGGAAAAUGAAAAAAAAUAGAUUGGAGGUGAGGAGAGUUUCAAUGACCAACACGCCAACUUCUCCAAGACGAGGGCCAUAAAUAGACAAGUUGCUGUAGCCACGCCCACAAUGAGCUACCCUACCUGGGUAGUAGUGAAAAGAGCGUUUUGGCGAAUUAGGAAAUUUACAGCGCUGGGCAACCUCCCAAACCUCGGAUUUUACUAUUGAGGAUGCUUGCCUGGCAGCCUGAGUUUAAUUUCGCGAAUGUUUGGCUGUCUGUUGCCUCGGGAAUGACAUGUAGAAGAUACAAUCGGAGGUAUUGUCGAGUUCUGCUAAUUAGUAUGGAUAUACGCUGUAGAGAAGCUUUC